GUAUUUCUCGAUACAUCGGAAAUAUGGAAAACAAAGUUACGAACUUUUCGUCUUCCUCUCCAGCAUUUGAGCCUCUUUAUAUCCAAACCAAGUUCCAUCAAACUUCUUAUCUUACUUGAGAAAUCUGACAGAGACAAAAACAUGUUUGGUCCUCAAACAAGAAGAGUUGAUUUAGAGAAACAAAGCGAACUCAGAAUCACAGUGCAACUUCUCAGACUCCGUUUGCUCGAUGGAAAAGCAGAGAUUUUCGGCUAUGAACUUCCACAUGAAGCUUGGAUCACAUUUCCACCUCUCAUGAUGUUUGCGACACCUAUGGUGAACUAUCUUGAAGUGCACAACUCUCUACUAGUACAAAGACAUCGUGUUACUUGCUCAACAAGAGAUUCUGUAUCUCCACAGGGACCAAGGGUCAUCAUUGUAGGGGGUACAGACUCUGGGAAGAGUACAUUGGCUAAAAUGCUUCUUAAUUGGGCAGCAAAAGAUGGUUGGAAACCAACGUUUGUUGAUCUUAACAUUGGACAAAGCUCGAUAACCAUACCAGGAACUGUUUCUGCUACUCCUAUCAGGAUGCCUGUGGAUCCUGUUGAAGGGUUUCCUCUUGAUAAGGCUCUUGUGCACUACUUUGGUCACGCAAAUCCAAAUGUAAACCUUGGAUUGUAUAAAACCCUUGUGGAUGAGCUUGCCAGAGAAUUAAAAGAUGAGUUUUCUGGUAACGCUGAAUCUCGAGCUUCGGGGAUGGUGAUUGACACGAUGGGAUUUAUCGUUCGUGAAGGCUAUACGCUGCUUCUCCAUGCAAUAAGAACGUUUAAUGCAUCUUUAGUUAUUGUCCUUGGUCAAGAGGAAAAACUCGUCCAUGAUCUGAAGAAAGAUCUCAAAUUCAAGAAGAAUCUACAAUUCUUGAAUCUUGAGAAGUCAGCUGGAGUCUUCUCUAGGAGCUCUGACUUCCGCAAAACAUUGAGGAACAGUAAUAUUCAGAAUUAUUUCUAUGGAGUCACCAACGAUCUCAACGUAUACACCAAAACAGUAAAGUUCAGUGAUGUGCAAGUAUAUCAAAUAGGUGAUUUUCGAGAGAGUAGUUCAACAUCUGCUCAUCAAAGAGGAAACAACCCUUUGAAGAUCAUACCUGUGACAAUUGACGAACAUCUUGUGAACAAAGUUCUUGCUAUCUCAUACGCCAAACAACCUCAUCAGAUCAUCUCAAGCAUUGUUGCUGGAUUUGUGUGUAUCAAAAAUGUUGAUAUUGGUGAAGAGAGAAUUACAUAUAUCUCUCCAUCAGCUGCGGAAUUGCCUAGCAAGACACUGAUCAUGGGGACUUUGACUUGGCAUUUAGUUCAGUCUCACUAUUCUCUUUAUCCUGAAAGUAAAAAUUUCAAUGUUCUCAAUUAUGGAGCAAUUGGAGAUGGAUUUUCUGACGAUUCAAAGGCAUUCAAGGAUGCAUGGGAAGACACAUGCAAUUACAUUGGAUCUCAAUCAACUAUGGAAAUUCCUGAAGGAUACACAUUUCUUCUGCAACCUAUUGAGUUUCAUGGCCCUUGUAAAUCCAAGAAAAUCAUUUUAUUGAUCAGUGGAAACUUAAUUGCUCCCGAAUCUCCUGAUGAAUGGGAAUGCAAGAAAGAUCAUUGUCAUCAAUGGAUCGAAUUCGCUCAUAUAAAUGGACUUCAUAUUAAUGGUCAUGGUACUCUUGAUGGUCAAGGAACAAAAUGGUGGUCUCUAGAUUGCAACAAAUAUAAAAAUGCAUGCCUCAAGAGACCAAGGGGUGUGGUUAUAUCACAUUCGAGUAAUGUGCAUAUAAGCAACAUUAUGGUGAAGGACAGUCCAAAUUUUCAAAUGUCGCUGGAAGAUUCGAAAUGGGUUAUUGUUAAGCAACUCACCAUAACCGCUGAUGGUGAUAGCCCUAACACUGAUGGCAUUCACAUUCAACGUUCUCAGAAUGUUAUCGUAUACGAAAGUAACAUCCGUACAGGUGAUGAUUGUAUAUCUAUUGGCGACGGUUCAAAAUACAUCAAUAUAUCACGAAUCUCAUGUGGUCCGGGGCAUGGAAUAAGUAUCGGAAGCUUAGGUCGAUAUGGAACCAAAGAAACAGUGGAAAAUGUUGUUGUUCGAGAUUGUACCUUUAGAGAAACAACUAAUGGGGUUAGAAUCAAGACAUGGCAGGGGGGAAGAGGACAGGUGCGAAAUGUUUUAUUUGAACGUAUAAAGCUACAUGGGGCAACACGACCUAUCAUUAUCGACCAGUUUUAUUGUCCUCACUCACAAUGCAAAAACCAUACGAAAGCUGUGGAGAUUAAGAAUGUAAUGUACAAUCACAUACAUGGAACAUCAAUCAAGAAACCCUUUGUGCAACUCCUAUGCAGCAAAUCAGUCCCAUGUAGAGAAAAGAUUCGAAAUUUCUCCAUCAUUGCUCAUAUUGAUCAUGGGAAAUCUACUUUGGCUGAUCGUCUCAUGGAACUUACUGGUACAAUCAAGAAAGGUCAUGGUCAGCCUCAGUAUCUCGACAAAUUACAGGUAGAAAGGGAGAGAGGAAUCACUGUGAAAGCUCAGACGGCGACGAUGUUUUAUGAAAACAAAGUAGAAGAUCAUGAAGCGAGUGGUUAUCUUUUGAACUUGAUUGAUACACCGGGUCAUGUUGACUUUAGUUAUGAGGUUUCUAGAUCUUUAUCAGCUUGUCAAGGUGCUCUUUUAGUUGUUGAUGCGGCUCAAGGUGUUCAAGCGCAAACAGUGGCUAAUUUCUACUUAGCUUUUGAAGCUAACCUUACUAUUGUACCUGUGAUUAACAAGAUUGAUCAACCAACUGCUGAUCCUGAGCGUGUUAAAGCUCAGUUGAAAUCGAUGUUUGAUCUUAAUACUGAUGAUGUGCUUCUUGUGUCUGCUAAAACUGGUUUGGGUCUUGAGCAUGUUCUUCCUGCGGUUAUAGAACGGAUACCUCCUCCUCCUGGGAUUAGUGAUUCGCCUCUACGGAUGCUUUUGUUUGAUUCUUUUUUUAAUGAGUAUAAAGGUGUCAUUUGCUAUGUUUCCGUUGUUGAUGGAAUGUUGAGUAAAGGAGAUAAGGUUUCGUUUGCUGCGUCGGGUCAGUCUUAUGAAGUAUUAGAUGUCGGGAUUAUGCAUCCUGAGCUUACUUCGACAGGAAUGCUUCUGACAGGACAAGUUGGUUAUAUAGUAACUGGCAUGCGAACCACGAAAGAGGCACGUAUUGGAGACACUAUAUAUAGAACGAAAACCAUUGUUGAGCCUCUUCCAGGUUUCAAGCCGGUGAGGCAUAUGGUGUUCUCAGGCGUUUAUCCUGCUGAUGGAUCUGAUUUUGAAGCACUUAGUCAUGCCAUAGAGAAACUGACAUGCAACGAUGCAAGUGUAUCAGUGGCUAAGGAAACAAGUACAGCUCUUGGAAUGGGAUUUAGAUGUGGUUUCCUCGGUUUGCUUCACAUGGAUGUAUUUCAUCAACGGCUUGAGCAAGAAUACGGUACACAAGUAAUCUCCACCAUCCCUACUGUUCCUUACACAUUUGAAUACUCAGACGGAAGCAAGCUACAAGUGCAGAAUCCAGCUGCCUUACCCUCAAACCCCAAAUACCGAGUCACAGCUUCUUGGGAGCCAACGGUAAUCGCCACAAUCAUCCUUCCAAGUGAGUACGUAGGAGCUGUUAUCAACCUCUGCUCUGAUCGAAGAGGUCAGCAACUAGAAUACACAUUUAUAGAUGCACAACGAGUUUUCUUGAAAUACCAGUUACCAUUGAGGGAAAUAGUUGUGGAUUUCUACGAUGAGUUAAAAAGCAUAACGUCAGGGUAUGCUUCUUUCGACUACGAGGAUGCAGAGUACCAGGCAUCAGAUCUGGUGAAGCUCGAUAUACUCUUGAACGGGCAAGCAGUUGAUGCGUUAGCCACUAUAGUUCACAAGCAGAAAGCAUACCGUGUGGGUAAAGAACUGGUUGAGAAGCUUAAGAACUACAUAGAGAGGCAAAUGUUUGAAGUAAUGAUACAAGCUGCUAUUGGUUCAAAGAUCAUUGCAAGAGACACAAUCUCGGCGAUGAGAAAGAAUGUUCUUGCAAAAUGUUAUGGAGGAGACAUAACUCGGAAGAAGAAGCUUCUAGAGAAACAGAAAGAAGGGAAGAAACGGAUGAAACGAGUUGGUUCUGUUGAUAUUCCACAUGAAGCUUUUCAACAAAUACUCAAAGUCUCUUAGAAAGUCCUCAAGAGAAGACAAAGACAAGCCAAGUAGUUUAUGAAAA